AUGUCUGACUCUACCUUCCACACCACUGCUCAGGACGUCCGCAAGGCCGAGUCCAAGGUUGCCCAGUCCCACGGUGGCAACCCCCCUGCCAACUCCGAUGUUUCUCAAAUGAAGUCCGUCAUCGACCAGAACACCAACAAGCCCGCUGAGAUUGAGAAGGCCAAGUCCAACUUACCUCUUCCCGAAGACCCCCCUGUUGCCAGCGACUGGAACUCUAUGGACCAGCGCACCACUGCCGUUGGCUCUGGCCGUUUCGAGUUCCCUCCUGACAACAGCGGCUUGCGUGAGGGUGCCUCUGCUAGCAGCAGUGCUCGCGUUGACGGCAACGUGCUGCACACCAACACUGUCCCUGGCAAUGCUGUCGACCCUCAGGCUACUGCUUCUCACGCUGCAAACCACUAA